AGCCUUUUCUCUAUUCUUCUCUUUCACUUUUCCUUCUUCUUUCACUUUUUCAACCUCUUCUACUUCAGCUCUGUGCUAUUGCUCUCUGCGCCGAACGCGAACGCGAACGCGAACGCGAACGUGGCUUCGUCAGUGUAGAAUCUCACAUUCCGAGCUACCGAGUCGAAUCGUUAGCUGAGUCGAGUCACCGAGUUUGGCGCAGGCACAGAUCUUCCGGCAUGUUUGACGGCUUGCUCGGUCGAGGAUUCGCCGCGAAAUGCAAAUCGUUGAUCAAAUUGACGAAGAAUCGGAUCGAUGUGAUAAGGAGGAAGAGGAAGGCGACGGAGAAGUUUCUGAAGAAGGACAUCGCUGAUCUGCUGGCGAAUGGUUUGGAUGUCAAUGCUUAUGGAAGGGUUGAAGGACUCUUUGCUGAGUUGACUUUAUCGUCUUGUUAUGAUUUUGUGGAACAAUCUUGUGACUUUGUGUUGAAGCACCUUUCAGUGUUGCAGAAAGUGAGUGGAUGUCCUGAGGAGGUCAGGGAGGCUAUAUCAUCUCUGAUGUUUGCCGCUGCAAGAUUUUCUGAUCUACCAGAGUUACGUGACCUUCGUCAAAUAUUUCAGGAUAGAUAUGAAAGUUCCCUAGAAUGUUAUGUUAAUCAAGAGUUUGCUACAAAUUUGAAUUCAAAGUCUUCUACAUUGGAGAAGAAGGUUCACUUGAUGCAGGACAUUGCUUCAGAGUUCUCAAUAAGAUGGGAUUCCAAAGCUUUUGAACUAAGGAUGUCGAAAUCCUCUGUUUCUGCACAGGAGGCUACCCCGAAAGGAGUCAAUUAUGAGGAUUUGUAUGAGAGAAGUCAUGACCAUCCUAAUGGCAGGCACAAAUUUCAGAAUGGCAAGGAGGCUUUUGUCUCAAAAGGAGAUGAAAAUAAUCUUCGUUCUAAAUCCAAAUUCCCAAUCCCCGAAAAUGGAUUCCGGCCACCAAGCAGUUACGAUGAAGUCAAUGCGAAAAGGGAUGGCCAUGGCAACCCGUUACCUAAGAUGAGUGAUAGAGGCUAUUGGAAGGAGGGUAGUAUGCUAAAACCAAUUGGACGUUCUUCCAAGGAUACAAGAGAGGGACAAUUAGACGGUGGUUCCAAUCUGCAUGAUAGUUGGGGGAAUGCCAGGCGUGUAAAAGAAACCCAGGACACUGCCACUGCUAGGAAUUCGCUUGGUCAUGCAGGAUCUUGUUCAAAGAACAAUGUGGACGAGCCUUAUGUUAAUCAUGGUGGCUUACCUGAUGUUGAUAACCCAGAAAGAAAAACUCCUAGGGUAAGGCCCUUCUAUAGUAAUGCCAUGCCAUCUUAUAUAAGAGAGGAACAAUUUGAAGGUGGUUCCAAUCAGCAUGAUGGUUGGGGGAAUGCCAGACGUGUAAAAGAAAACCAGGACACUGCCACUGUUAGGAAAUCUCCUGGUCAUGCAGAAUCUCAUUCAAAGAACAAUGUCAAUGAGCCAUUUGUUGUUAAUCGCGGUGUCCUACCUGAUGUUGAUAACUCUGAAAGAAGAACUCGAAAGGAUGAAACUCCUGGGGUAAAGCCCUUCUUCAAUAAUGCAAUCCCUCCUCCUUAUGUAAAACCUAAUCCUAAACUGAAGACCAGCACUCAUGGAACCAAUUCAGUAUCUUCAAAUAUUGACAGUGAUCGUAUCCCUACAUAUCCUUUAGUGCAUGAAAAGCCUAGUGCUCCUACAAUGGACAGGAUCCAAUCAGGUUUGGAUGAUUCUGAACAGAAUUUGCAGGCCAUUAGACAUGCAAGACUGAGUAAACAGGGUCAGGAAAAAGAACUCUCUAUUCAGGAAGAUGCUACAGAAGUCAGUGUAUUAAAACAAAAAUCUAUGAGACGGGAGCACUCAAAAUCAAGAUCUAUUCACAAUGAAACUAGUAAUGAAGAUGCUGAACUUGUGAGAAAACCUAGGAGCAGGAGACGAGAUGAACAAAAACGUGGCCUGCAAGUUUUGUUUGAUGAUGAGCAGCAUAAAAAUGAUGAAGAGGAAAGGAUAAUAGAUAGAUUACUGAUCCAUUAUAGCAAAAAGCCAUCUAUGUCUCUGCCUGAAAAAGCAAGAAGAAAGUCUAGAAGUCGGCAUGCACAUCAAAUGGAGAACUCAACCAGGGAAUCCCUAAAGAAUGGAAGCAGAGAGGGGCCUGACACACCAGAGAGGGUCACUCAUGCACCAAGAUCAGUUUCACUUCCCCAUGAACAAACAGAAUCUGGGGAAGUUAAAAAAGUAUAUGCUCGUGCUGCUUCAUUUCAGCCUGAUAGAUCAAAUGAAGCUCCACAUGUGCAUCCCAACUUACCUGACUGUGAUGAUUUAGCUGCUAGGAUUGCGGCAUUGAGAGGAAUAUAAGUGACUGGAGCACAAUGAAUAAAUACUCCUUUGCCAACAUGAUUGCAGUGAUUAUGAUCAUGUUUUGAUCUCACGUACCGUUGGUAUUGUUCAAGAGUGCAUUGUGGUGCUUUAAUUUCCAAGUGUCGAUUACGCCAUAGCUAUAUUAUUAAUUAGCCAUGGUCGUUCCUGUGUUUACAAUUGUCGUGUUGUCAUCAUUUUUACUAAUGAUGGUUAUAUGCAAAGUUUAUUCAAGUUUUUUCACCCGUUAUGAUUGAAAAAGUGUUUGUAACAGAAGAAAUCAGUAUUCGUAUUUUCUCGACUCGAGUAAAAGUUGAGAUAUAUGUGGUUGUUUCAAUUGUUUUACUCAACCAUAUAUAUGGUCUUUGUAGUACACACAUCCAAAUAUUAUUUUCGCUGAUGUAACACUUGUUACAGUUGUUGCAGCGGUUUAA